AUGGCCUUGUCUGGAGGACUCACAUUCACGACGACAGAGCCUCUGAUUAGAUGGAACUCGGAGAAAAGGAAAUUCCUCUGCUGUUUGUUCCGAUUCUUCAAGAGGAAUCUCAGCGCCUACAAGGCUGUAUUCGAUGCUGUUUAUCAAGAUGACUUGAGAAGCUUUGGCUUCAACAGAGACGGUGUUUCGAAGAACAGACUCAGUGGCCAGUGGCAUCAUCUGAAAAGGACUGUGCAUCCUGAUUGGGUCGAUGUCCACAUGUGCCCAUUUGACAAGGACGGACGGUGGGCGCCUUUCAUUGCGACAAUCCGCAGAACCUUGAGAUCCUCAAACAUACGCCUCGAGGAGACAAGAGUAGACUGCAUUGAUACUUCCGUUCACGAUUCUGCCUUGCUUACAUCUCACCGCACAUCACCGGUAACUCCGAACUCCUUGUUCACAAUUGGUGCUAACGUGCGACCAAAGUGCCAGAGCGAGGUGCAAGACGACAUGAAUCUAGCGGACGAGGCCGAGGAAGAGGACAUGAGUCUUUGUCACUAUGGCGGCAAAGUGUGUUUCUGGUGUGUUCAGGAGCGGGUUGAGGAGGUAAGUCUUGCCUUAGAAGCAUACAGAUGUUCAGGAAAAGCUAAUUGUCAUUGCAUAAAGAUCACAGUCCAACGCAAUGCUCCGAGGAGAAGAGACGACCUGCCGCCAGUCCUAUACCGGUGGUCAAAUGUCGACUCCCAGGGCGUUAAUAAACCAAAUUUCUGCAUCGCCGGGCUUUUUGAAGAAUGGGAUAGCUACUUCUCACCAGACACGAUAAGCGAAGAGAAGUUCAACGAGUACUUUUUGAAGCAUAUUCACCGCGAGAAAGUUGCAUCCCCAUUUAUCUCGACUUUCCAGUCCAUGCUCUCGCCCGUACAUAGAGCUAUACGGAACAAAGAAGGCGCCCUUAUCUCGAUCUUCAAUAAUAAGAAGCUUGACUUUGUCUACUCAGCCAAGAGCUUCUGUAGGGAACACAGAGUCAGGGUCGAAAGAAGUGACUAUAAGGGCGUCGGCGAGUAUUUGAUUUGGGGCAAGGUUCCGCGCACCGCUAUCAUCUGCUCCUUCAAAAUCAGCGCGUUGGAAAAGACCGCAGCUGAGCACGACGAUGUUGCUAACCUACUUCAGCUCAACGCCAUUGCGUCAUACGAGUGCAACCGACGGCCAUUGAAGCGUGCGCUCUCAACACGCGCCAAGUGUUCUGAUCACGAAUUUGGAAAUUCCGUCGGAAAACUCCUUUCUCUCCUUGAUGUCAAAGUGGAAUAUAGUAGAGAGGUUGGAGAACGCAUGUUUUAUGCCUGGCAGCUGCGAGAGCGAGGAGGUCCGACACAGGCUUUUUACGAAGGAAUUAGCGCAGCCUACGGAGGACCUGUGACUUUAAUAGAUAUCAAUAUGCCGC